GCGGCUCGGAGCGCAGUGAGACAGCGAAGGCGCCGGACCGCUGGACCACUUAAGCUCGUGCGCUGUCCCCAGGCAACGGGAAACGUAAGUCUUGCACCAUCAGAGCCCGGCGUCCCGGCGGAAAUAGCGUUCUUCUUGCUGCUGAGGCUACGCGGAGCCUCGGGCUUUGCAGCCCGGGCGAAGGAAGCAUCCUCACCUGGUAAGAGCAAGGGCUGGCAUUUGGCGCAGGCCUCCCGCCGCACCUCAAAGCCAGAGCCCACCACGCGCCCUACUGCACCAGUUAUGUGAUGCUUCAGAGCAGCCAAGGUCUCCCGACCGAAAUGUUUGUUUUAACUGACGUUUGUCUUAAACAUGGACAAAGUCACCGCCUCCUAGGAUAUAGGAUUGUUUACCGGGCCGGCAGAGCACCUUUUUGCUUCGAGACGUCUUUGAUGUUCCCAGUCUCUGAAUUCUGAUACGCUGCUGGGCAUAAUUAAACACAAAACUGGGAAUUUGCAUUCUCUGGAGUUGGGCCAGAAAUACGGUUCUUUUCAGGUGCUGAUGUAGACUGUGCCUCAUUACCAUAUUAAAAUGGCUGCGCGCAAAGACUCCAUCCCUUCCUUGUCGGAAUGCCAGUGCGGGAUCUGUGUGGAAAUCCUAAUCGAGCCCGUAACACUCCCUUGUAACCACACGCUCUGUAAUCCAUGCUUCCAAUCGACUGUCGAAAAGGCAAGUUUAUGCUGUCCCUUCUGUCGCCGCCGGGUCUCUUCCUGGACCCGGUACCAUACCCGCAGAAAUUCUCUUGUUAAUACGGAACUGUGGGAGAUAAUUCAAAAACACUAUCCAAAGGAAUGCAAGCUUAGAGCCUCUGGGCAGGAAUCAGAGGAAAUCGUUGAUGACUGUCAGCCAGUUCGACUAUUAUGUAAACCUGGGGAAUUGAGAAGAGAAUAUGAAGAGGAGAUAAGCAAGGUGGAGGCAGAGCGACGAGCCAAUGAGGAAGAAGAAAACAAAGCCAGUCAAGAAUACAUACAGAGAUUACUGGCAGAGGAGCAGGAAGAGGAAAAAGAACAAGCAGAAAAAAGGCGAAGAGAGAUGGAAGAACAACUGAAAAGUGAUGAAGAAUUGGCAAGAAAGUUAAGCAUUAAUAUUAACUGUGAUGGAAGGAUCUUGACAUCUCCCUUGAAUUCCAGAAAAUCUGGUCCAGUCACACCCAGCUCACAAAAUAAAAGUAAGAACAAACAAACAAAUGCUGGAGAUAUUCAGAAGUAUUUGUCACCUCUAUCUCAGUUUCGGUCACCAUCACAGCCUGAAGUUGAACAAGAAGGCAAGAAAAACUCCAUGUCUAAGGAAACUGACGGUAAUGACGUAAAAAGCCCUACAUGGCAAGACAUAGAAAUUGAAGAAGAUAUGCCAACACUUUCUCUGCAAAUGCACCCUGAAAUUCCAGAACAAGGUGCAAAGUCUUCAAUAGAGUCCCCUUUGCCUCAGGUAUAUGCGACUGGUACAGAAUGGUGCCUUGAAGGAAAACUCAAAACAAGUCUAAGCAAUCAUGAUGAAGAGUUAUGUGUCGUAGAUCAUGUGGGACCUAAAGCCAGAGUUCCCUGCUCUGGAGAAGCUGCAGUUAAUAAUUAUGACAAAACAGAGAAUGGGUGUACUAUAUCAGGUAUAACUCAGGUAAUUGGAAAUAACACAGUUGAAACAGAAAAUGAAGGGUCUCACCUACUAAUCAGUAAAGAUAUUUCCAAAAGAAAAAACCAGGAAUCUUCGUUUGAAGGAGUCGGGGAUCCAUGCUUUUCUGCAAAAAGAAAGAAAACAAUCCCCAAAGCUUCCUCAGACCAAGAGGAAACAGAAAUGAAUUUUGCCCAAAAACUGAUAGAUUUGGAACAUUUGCUUUUUGAGAGACAUAAACAAGAAGAACAGGACAGGUUAUUAGCAUUGCAGCUUCAGAAAGAGGUAGAUAAAGAACAAGUGACGCCAAACCGGCAAAAAGGAUCCCCAGGUCAGUAUCAGUUGCGUCCUACGUCCUCACCUCCAAGCAAAGUGCAAAAUGGACAGAGGAAGAAUUCCGAAGAUAGGAACUUCAAAAGGCAAACUGAUACAGAGGAUCCAAAACCUCACAGAGGCUCAAAAAAUGAGAAUUGGCAACCUUCUUUUAAGGUUCAGUUGAAACAUUCGGUUGAUGUUGGUGGAAGAAAGAUGCCAAAUUCUACUAGAGAUAAUUGUAGUGUAUCUAAAAAUACUCGUUCCCUACAGCCUAAUAAGUCACAGAAAAGUAUUUUUCAGAUGUUUCAGAGGUACACAAAGUAAUGCAUGGGUAAAAGAUGGGUGUUCUAUACUCUGGUAAAGUAGGAUUGGGAAACUCCUUUCUAUCAUUGAAUCUAUAAAUUUUUCAUUAAUUCCUCUCUGGACACAUUUCUUGUCCUUAAUUAAAGGACUGUGGGGUUGUAAGGGAGGAAUAUAGAAAUAUGCUUCUACUAACUCAGUCAUAAAGAGUGCCAACCAUUUCCUUCAUGAUAACUGAUAUGCCAUACCUUACGGGUAUAAAAUGCUUUGGCCAACUCCCAAGAAAUCUUUGAAGUGCCAUUCUCUUUCCUCAAAGUGCAUGUUUUAUGGCCUUUGCUCACCUUUUGUCCUGACUAGUAAUUAAAGCAAUAUUACAUUAUACCAAGUAGUUAAGGAAUCCAGGCAGGGUUUGAAAUCUAAGUUUUCUUGCUAUUUUUCCAUAUACUUGAAAUUCAUCUUCCCUAACACUAAAGUAAUCCAGUUUCCAUCUUUUUCAGUUAUUUUGAGCAUUAUAGCAUUUUCUUUGAUUUCAAAUGGGUUAGAUGAACAUGAAAUCACAAAAGUUAUGAAUAUAUUAUUAACAGGAAACUAGAUGCUUGAUGCAAAAGGAGUUAAAGAGUUGGGAUGAGGCUGGGUUGGGUAGAUUGACAGUUGGGAAGCAUGGACUGAGUGACUGAUCAGAAACUCGGGCCAGGAUGGAGUAGCAGGUGUAGUUUGGCAGAGCAAUCUCUCUCGUCCUUUCUUAGCUAAAACAAUGACACAAAACAUUUGGGUUUUACAGCUUUCACACCAUAGUUUCUAGUGUCACCAUCAAAAUUAGUUACUGAAUUACUUGAAAUUUUGAAGAUGCACAUUUCUGUUAAUCUGCUCUUCCAUAAAAAAUAAAAUUGGAAUUUACUGUAGGAGAGUUAUAUCACAAUACCCUAUGUUGUGGAACUUGAGACUUAACCAUGUUUAUUUCCAUGUCAUCAGUUGUACUGAUACUGACUUACUUGUAUUGAUGGACAAAAAUUAAAAGUAUAAUACUUGGGUUUUGCCCUGUCUUACCCUUGAAAGUUAAAUCAGAAGGCAAUGACGUCCUUUCGUGAAAUUUGACUAUUAAUCUUUUGUUUUAUUAAUAUGAAUAACUGAGCAAACAAUAACAGUUUUAACAGCAUUUCUGUUGUCUAUUAUCCAUCCUUUUAAGGUAAAAAUACAAUAAAAUGUCCUACAGAAAAUGCUAGCUUAAAUUUGUCAAAAUUUUUAUACAUUAUUGAGGUUUUUUUCCCCUCCAAAUUUCUUAUAACUGAAAUUCUGUUAAUCUUUGCAUAUUUGAUGGUAUCUAUUUCAAUAUUGGGUAAUUAUGGGUGGAAUUUUGAUGCUAACUUAAAAUUUAGUUCGCCCUUUUUUUUUUGAGAGGGCACCUCUCAUAUUUAUUGAUCAAAUGGUUGUUUACAACAAUAAAAUUCUGUAUAGGGGACUCAAUGCACAAUCAUUAAUCAACCCCAAGCCUAAU